UAAAUUUUGAAUUUGGGAAAAAAACAAAAUCGGCGCCUCUUAGAGAUAAUUGGGGUAAAAAACAAAAAAACAAACAGAGAGAGCAAUAAUAAAAACUCACUCACUCACACUUUUUUCAUUUCUCAAAAAAACCCUAAAGCUCUCUCUUCUCUCCCGAUUUCGAUUUCCGAGCCUCGAGAAAACCCUAAAUCGUUCACUCAUUCAACCAAAGAUGCGUGAGAUUCUUCACAUCCAGGGUGGUCAAUGCGGUAACCAGAUCGGUGCCAAGUUCUGGGAAGUGGUUUGCGCCGAGCACGGCAUCGAUCCAACCGGAAGGUACACCGGAGACUCAGAUCUGCAACUUGAGCGCAUCAACGUUUACUACAAUGAAGCCAGUUGCGGUAGAUUCGUUCCUCGUGCUGUGCUCAUGGAUUUGGAGCCUGGGACUAUGGAUAGUCUCAGAUCUGGACCGUACGGUCAGACCUUUCGACCUGAUAACUUCGUCUUUGGUCAAUCCGGUGCUGGUAACAACUGGGCCAAGGGUCACUACACCGAGGGAGCUGAGCUAAUCGAUUCCGUUCUCGAUGUUGUUCGUAAGGAGGCUGAGAACUGUGACUGUCUCCAAGGGUUCCAGGUUUGCCAUUCGUUGGGUGGAGGAACUGGAUCUGGAAUGGGAACACUUUUGAUUUCUAAGAUCCGUGAAGAGUACCCAGAUCGAAUGAUGCUCACAUUCUCAGUGUUCCCUUCACCAAAGGUUUCUGAUACUGUGGUUGAGCCUUACAACGCUACUUUGUCUGUUCAUCAGCUUGUUGAGAAUGCUGAUGAGUGCAUGGUUCUUGAUAACGAGGCCUUGUACGAUAUUUGCUUCAGGACUCUCAAACUCACUACCCCCAGCUUUGGUGAUUUGAACCACUUGAUUUCUGCCACUAUGUCUGGUGUGACUUGCUGUCUGAGGUUCCCUGGUCAGCUCAACUCUGAUCUCCGUAAGCUUGCUGUGAAUCUCAUCCCUUUCCCUCGUCUUCACUUCUUCAUGGUGGGUUUUGCUCCUCUCACCUCAAGAGGUUCUCAGCAGUACCGUUCCCUCACAGUCCCUGAACUCACCCAGCAAAUGUGGGACUCCAAGAACAUGAUGUGUGCUGCAGACCCAAGACACGGACGUUACCUCACAGCCUCUGCCAUGUUCCGUGGCAAGAUGAGCACAAAGGAGGUAGACGAACAGAUGCUGAAUGUGCAGAACAAGAACUCGUCCUACUUUGUCGAGUGGAUCCCCAACAAUGUGAAAUCAACAGUCUGUGACAUCCCACCUACUGGUCUGAAGAUGGCUUCCACUUUCAUUGGUAACUCAACAUCGAUCCAAGAGAUGUUCAGGCGUGUGAGUGAGCAGUUCACAGCUAUGUUCAGGAGGAAGGCUUUCUUGCAUUGGUACACAGGUGAGGGAAUGGACGAGAUGGAGUUCACAGAGGCAGAGAGCAACAUGAACGAUCUUGUUUCAGAGUACCAGCAAUACCAGGAUGCAACGGCAGAUGAAGAAGGUGACUACGAGGAUGAGGAAGAAGCUGAAUACCAACAGGAGGAAGAGUACUGAGAGUAAUUUAGUUAUAAACUGCUUUAAAAAAAAACAAUUUAGUCGUUUGCUACUGUUUUCUUUUUAAAAAAAAAAGGAAAACCUCAACUACCAGUUGCAGGUUUUUUCUCUGCUUGUAUUUGACAUAUCUGGUGAUGUUUAUGUACUUUUGUUCUUAAUCUCGUUAUGGUCUUUAGUUUGAAUCUACUUUUAAGCUA